AUGCAUUCGCUUCGAACCAUCGUCGCCGGUGCGGCCCUCGCACUGGCCGGCGUCGCUUCUGCCACUCACAUUGAGUUCCCUCCCUGUCUGGACCCCUUCCAGCCUUUUGUCUACUCUGGUUGCUACACGGAUGGUGUUGAAGGCACCUCUGCCGGCGCCCUCAUCUACCGCUCCAGCCAGAACCAGUACAACAUGACUGUCGAGAAGUGUGUCGCCGAGUGCAAGGGCAACGGUUUCCGUUACGCCGGUCUCAAAUACUGGGGCGUCUGCUACUGUGGCUCUACUGUCAGCGGUGCCCAGCUCACCGAGGACCAGUGCGACCUCCCCUGCAGCGGCAACAGCACUCAGACUUGCGGAGGUGACUCUGAGCUCUCUAUCUGGCAGGACCCUACCUUCAAGACUACCACCAUCCUCGGCGGCGCUCUCAAGGUCAUCGCUGACUAUCAGCCCCUCGGUUGCUACACUGACAACUCCCCCAAGGGCCGCGCCCUGACCUGGGGUAUGAGCAUGGAUGGCUCUACCAUGACUGUCACCAAGUGCCUCAACGCCUGCUCUGACCAGGGCUUCCCCCUGGCUGGUAUCGAGUACGGUGGCGAGUGCUACUGCGGCAACGUUCUGGCCAACGACACCGCCAAGGCCGACCCUGCGGACUGCAGCAUGCCUUGCAACGGUGACAGCACCUUCAAGUGUGGUGGUCCCAGCCGUCUGAGCGUCUUUGUCUCUACCGACCUUCAGUCUCUUCAGCCUUGUGGUUGGAAGCCCGGCUCUUCGCAGUCUUCUUCUUCGUCCGCUCUUCCCUCGAUCGUCUCCACCAUCUCCAGCUCUUCCAUUGUCAGCUCCUCUUCCUCCAGUGCUGCUGCUGCCUCUAGCUCGUCUACCAACAACAAUGGAAACGGAGGUAGCACCACCACCACCACCUCGUCCAGCGCUGCCGCGAGCUCGUCUUCCAGCUCGUCCUCUAGUUCCAGCGUUGCAGCUGCCAGUACUAGCUCCUCGAGCACUUCGACCUUGAGUACAAGCACUAGCACUACUGCCCCUGUUCAGGUGUCUACCAACCCCUCUCGGGUCACCACCUCGUCCUCUUCCUCUUGCACUACCCUUGGUCCCAUGUGCACUGCUACCAUUGUCGUCCCCAACGACUGCGAGUACAAGGUCGGCAGCUGGUGUGCCCCUUCGGUCCCCGACUUCCAGGACCAGGACAGCUGCCAGACCGCCUACAACACCUGCGCCAAGAACAUCGCCUCUUGCUUCCAGAAGGCUGCUUGGCCCAACGUUCUCGACUGCUUCAACUUCUCCAAGUGGUGCGACGGUGUCCAGGGUUUCUGUGCCUCGACCUGCUCUCGCGGCCGUAGCUGCAACAAGAGCGGCUGCAUGAAGCAGAACCAGCCUGUCGGCGGCAACCCUGUCAAGACUACCACCUCUGUCUUCCCUUGCGCUGCCACCACUACCAGCAGCACUGUCCCUCCUGCUUCUUCCACCUCUUGUGCUCCUCAGCCUACCAACAUCUGCCAGCAGCCCUCUUCUCGCUCUUACGGCUAUGGUCCUGGUAACCCCGUUGCCGGCAUUGAGCUUCCCCUCGUCGGUUGCAACGAUCUGAAGGGUGACUUCACCCAGAAGCCCUUCAAGCUCUACACCGAUGAUGACUCCCGCUCGUGCAAGUCUUACCAGCGCAACCAGCAGAGCAACGCCUGCGCCGACGCCUGCAAGACCCAGUACGACCAGUGCAACAACGUCUACGUGCAGAGCUGCAAGAAGCUCAACGGCGGUAACUACAAGCGUGGCCACUCCCACUUCCACCGCCGCGCCCUCGAGAAGUCGGGCAUCGAGCCUCGCUGGUUCAACAUCUUUGGCAACGACGGCUGGCAGUCUGCCCAGACCAAGUGUUACGUCCAGUACCAGGACUGCCUCGGCGAGAACGCCCAGGUCAACGCUGCCUCGCGCUGCCAGAAGUGGGGUACCGGUGCUUAA